AUCUUAUACCGGUUUAUUACUUUUUAGCUUAUUUCUUUCAAGAUGGCUUCAAUAUGCUCUAUUUCUUGUUUAAUUCCCCAUUACAAAAAUCACCAUGAUAGAUGCAGACAAUUUGACAUUGGGAGGCCACUACAUUCAUCACAAUCCACAUCAAAGAAGCUUAUCACUGCCAAGGUUGUCAGAACGGUUGAACCCGUCCCUAGACGAUCAGCAAACUAUGCGCCAUCAUUAUGGUCAUUUGAUGAUAUUCAAUCACUUUCUAGUGAAUACACAGGAGAAGAUUACAAUGCAAGAGCAGAUACUUUGAAGGAUGGGGUGAGGAUGAUAAUACGCAAAGUGGGAAGUCCAUUGAGUACGCUAGAGUUGAUUGAUGAUUUGCAGAGACUCGGAAUAUCUUAUCACUUUGAAGAUGAAAUACGAAAUCUAUUGGAUGUGAUUUACAACAAUUACUUCAAAACUCAUGACAAGUGGAACACCAUGGAUUUGAACCUUGAAGCCCUUGGAUUUCGACUACUGAGACAACAUGGUUAUAACCAGGUUCCUCAAGACAUAUUUCACAACUUUAAGGACAAGACUCAAAAUCUUAAGCCACACUCGCUCGAGGAUAUGAUGGUAAUGUUGAAUUUGUACGAGGCUUCUUAUCAUUCAUUUGAGGAUGAAAGUAUACUGGACGAUGUUAGUAACUUCACAGCAAAAUAUCUCAAAGAAAAUCAAAACAAGAUGGAUGAGAGUAUAUCAUCCUUAGUAAGCCAUGCUUUGGAGCUUCCACUGCACUGGAGAGUGCCAAGAAUAGAGUCUAAGUGGUUUAUUGAAGUAUACGAGAAAAGAAGUGACAUGAAUCCCACAAUGUUGGAGCUUGCAAAAUUGGAUUUUAAUACGGUUCAGGCUGUUCAUAUUGAAGAUCUAAAACAGGCAUCAAGGUGGUGGAGAAAUUUAAAAUGGGCUAGGGAGCUUAGCUUUAUUCGAGACAGCUUAGUGCCGAGUUUUCUGUGGACGGUUGGUUUUGGUUACCUACCGCACUAUAGCAUUGGAAGGAGUUCAUUAGUCAGGUGUGUUGCCAUGGUCACCGCUAUAGAUGAUAUUUAUGACGUGUAUGGUACUUUGGAUGAACUUCAACGAUUUACCAACGUGAUAGACAGAUGGGAUAUCGAUGCGAUUGAGGAACUCCCGGAUUACAUGAAGAUAGGUUUCCACGGAUUCUACAACACGAUUAAUGAGAUCUCGUAUGACACAUUAAGAAACACAGGGAUCCUCAUCCUCCCGUACCUUAAGAAAGCAUGGGCAGAUCUAUGCAAGGCCUACCUAGUAGAAGCAAGGUGGUACUAUAGUGGGUAUAAACCAACACUCCAAGAGUACUUGGAUAAUGGUUAUGUGUCAAUAUCUGGUCCCGUAGUACUCAUGCAUGCUAAAUUUGCAACAUCGGUUGGUGCAACCCAAGAAAUCUUGCAACGCAUGGAAGAAUUCGAGAAAAUAGAUCGCUACUCGUCACUAGUCUUACGACUGGCUGAUGACUUGGGGACAUCCACGGAUGAACUAGCAAGAGGAGACAUUCCAAAAUCAAUCCAGUGUUACAUGCACGAGAGUGGUGCAACAGAAGAAGAAGCUAGAAAGUACAUCAAAGAAAUGAUUCGGGACACGUGGAAGAAACUUAACAAAGAACGAACACGUGCCAAUUCUCAAUUUUCACGAGAGUACGUCGAAUAUGCAUCAAACAUGGCUAGAAUGGCACAAUUCAUGUAUGGAGAAGGAGAUGGGCAUGGUCGUCCCGAUAUAACGAAAUCUCACCUAUCAUCAUUGCUUUUUAAUGCAAUCGAAGGGACAAAAUAGUCAAGAGUGUGUAUCUCGCAUUGGAGGUGAAACUUAUUUAUUAAAUACGUAUCCGAGUAACUUAUAUUUUUUAGGGAGUUGAAUAAUUGUCCUUGUAUUUUCAUUUUAUUUUUAUGCGGUCCAAGUAUAUUAAGUCUACUGAAUUUGCUUAGCUUGCAAACUACUUAUCUCUUAUGUUACUUGAAGCUUAUGUCUAAUCUUCCCAA